AAGAAUCCCCGAAGCGAAACUCCUCUUUGUAUCUAACAGAGGAUGCAGAGGAGGAUAUACCUAUGGACACUAAGGGGCUAAUACAGAAAAUUUCAAAGGAAGUAGAAAAAACUAUAAAGAAGGAAAUAAACGAAUUCAACCAAUCUCUGCAAUUUCACAGUACGAAGCUGGACGAAGUAUUAGGUUGUAUUGAUGCUUUUAAAAACACCAUAAAAGUUUUAGAAAGAAAAAACACGGAACUAAUACACAAAAACAACAAUCUGGAAUUGAGGGUAUGUGCAUUGGAGCAGCGUUUCCAUGAGAUGGAACAGGAGAAACUUUCUAAUUUUAUAGAAAUAGCAAACGUCCCCCCUGCGAGUGAAGAGAAUGUGAGAAAAUUAGUUGAAAAUGUAGCAUUAAAACUUAAACAGCCCUUCGACAGUAUCCGUAACACAAUGCGAUACCAAGGUAAAAACGACCAACCGGGCAUUAUACAAGUAAAACUUAAUGAUAAAGCAACCCAAGAAAAGUGGAUUAAAGCUGCAAAAACCAUUAAAACUAUGGUGGCCGAUGUUUGCCCCUAUGAACCCAACAAUAACAAAAUAGUAUUCAUCAGGGAAGCAAUGACUAAACACAACAAAAGCGUUUUAUGGGAAGCCAAACAGGAAUUAAAGAAUAAACAAGGAUAUAAAUACGUAUGGUUUAAAAACGGUAUGGUGCGUGCAAGAAAGGAUGAAAACACUAAAAUACAAAACCUAAGAUCAGUGUUGGAUAUACAAGUGCUAAAAAAAAGACAGAAUGCCAAUUAACUGACCAAUUUAAAUGCAUAUAAAUUAUUAUUAUUAAGAUGGAUAGUUUAACUAGUGAUAUUUGUGAAUUAGAAGACUGUAUAAACAUAAGUGAUUUUGUGAGUAAAAUUCCCAGUAGACAUUUAAAUCUAUUGUGUGUACACAUAAACAUAAGGUCAAUCAUAAAAUACUU